AUGGUGAUCAGUCUAUAUGUAGAUGAUCUCAUCAUUACUGGGAGCAAUGAAGACAUGAUCAAAGAAUUUAAAGAAAAGUUGAAACAAACCUUUGAGAUGACCGAUUUGGGAAGACUCAAAUACUAUCUAGGUUAUGAGAUCACCUACACAGGAGAAGGAGUGUUCUUAAGCCAAAGGAAGUAUGCACAACAACAGUUGAAAAAAUUUGGGAUGAAAAAUUGCAAGAGUGUUGCAACACCACUGUUACCACAAACAAAGUGUGUAGAGGAAGGAAAAGAACUUACCAAUCCUAAAUUAUAUCGGAGUAUGGUGGGAGGACUUUUGUAUCUUGCUGCCACACGACCAGACCUUGCGUUUGCCGCAUCAUAUCUAUCUAAAAGCUUGUCACAGCCAAGAGAGCAACACCUACAAGAAGCAAAGAGAGUGUUGAGAUACAUACAGGGAACAAUAGAUUAUGGGUUGAACUUUAAGAAGACAAGUCAGGUGGAGUUGGUUGGUUAUUCCGACUCAGAUUGGGCAGGAUGUAAAGAAGACAUGAGAAGCACUACAUGGAUGUGUUUUACAAUGGGCAGUGCCAUGUUUACCUGGCAAACUCAAAAACAAGACACUAUCGCUCAAUCAACAGCGGAAGCAGAGUACAUGGCAUUGAGUUCAGCUACAAAUCACUCAGUGUGGCUGAAGCGCCUGCUAGGAGAAUUGAGGAUCGACACUAGCAAGGCAGUUCCAAUCUAUUGUGACAACACCUCAGCAAUUGCAAUUGGAAGAAAUCUUGUUCAACACAAGAGAACAAAACACAUUCAGAUACGGUAUCAUGUCGUGAGAGAAGCAGAGAGAGAAGGAGCGAUUACUUUGAGAUAUUGUAGCAGAGAAGAACAAACUGCAGAUAUACUUACAAAUCUUCUAGAAACAAGGCGGUUUGAAGAACUUCGACUUAAACUUGGGGUGACUCAGAAUCCUAAUGGAAGGGAUAAAAGCAAAAGAAAACUCACUGAAGCUUCUCCAGGUGAAGCAAACAUGCACAAGAAAGAGGAAAAUAAAUUCACAGAGAUCAAUGGAAAAGAAAAGAAAUCUGAGAAUGAAAUUAAAGAAGAUCAAUCGGUGAAGUCUACAGAAAAAGGAAAACAAGUGAUGAGGGAGAAAAUCAGUGUACCACUAAGUUAUGGCGCUUCUGCCACCAAAUAA